AACGCUCAAGGCAAAGGCGAAGGUGGGUGACAUUCAUUAGCGCUUUUGUGACUCACUUCCCAGGGAGCAGGCCCCUGGAUAAAGGUUCCCGGCAGCCUCACCUCCCGGCGGCAGGUGCCCAAGAGCGCGGCACAGCUCUGCCCCCUGUCCCCCCCGGGGAGCCCUCGGCCAUGUCUGCGCUCCCGGCCAGUGAAUCUCAGCGGCGGGUGGCAGCUCACGGUCUUGGCUCCCAGCACAAAGCCGUCAAGUAUUUAGGCCAGGACUUUGAGACCCUGAGGAGGCAGUGCUUGGACUCGGGGGUCUUGUUCAAGGACCCCGAGUUCCCAGCGUGCCCGUCAGCCUUGGGCUACAAGGACCUUGGACCACACUCCCCCCAGACUCGAGGCGUCGUCUGGAAGCGACCCCCGGAGCUGUGUGCCAGCCCUCAGUUUAUCGUUGAUGGAGCCAGGCGCGCGGACAUCUGUCAGGGAGACCUGGGUGACUGCUGGCUCCUGGCGGCCCUGGCCUCCCUCACCUUGAACGAAGAGCUGCUUUACCGCGUUGUCCCCAGAGACCAGGAUUUCCAGCAAAACUACGCGGGGAUCUUUCAUUUCCAGUUCUGGCGGUACGGCGAGUGGGUGGACGUGGUCGUGGACGACAGGCUGCCCACCGAGGACGGGGAGCUGCUGUUCCUUCGCUCUGGGACGGGCGGCGAGUUCUGGGGCGCCCUGCUGGAGAAGGCCUACGCCAAGCUCAACGGCUCCUACGAGGCUCUCACUGGAGGGUCUCUGGUGGAGGGGUUGCAGGAUCUCACAGGCGGCAUCUGUGAGUGUUACGACCUGAGGAAGCCUCCGGCCGGCCUGUUUCAGAUCAUCCGGAAGGCCCUCCGCGCGGGGUCUCUGCUGGCCUGCUCCAUUGAUGUCUCCAGUGCGGCCGAGGCAGAAGCAGAGACCACAACCUGCCAGAAGCUGGUGAAGAGCCACGCGUACUCGGUCACUGGCGUCGAAGAGGUGGAUUUCUGGGGCCAUCCCGAGAAGCUGGUCAGACUCCGGAACCCGUGGGGCGAAGUGGAGUGGACGGGGGCGUGGAGUGACAGUGCACCAGAGUGGAAUCACAUCGAUCCCAGGCGGAAGGAGGAGCUGGACAAGAGAGCCGAGGACGGGGAGUUCUGGAUGUCAUUUUCGGAUUUCUCGAGGCAGUUCUCCCGGCUGCAGAUCUGCAGCUUGUCCCCGGACUCCCUGAGCGGUGACCAGCUGCACAAAUGGAACCUGGUCCUGUUCAACGGCCGCUGGACGCGGGGCCCCACCGCCGGGGGCUGCCCGAGCUUCCCAGCCACUCACUGGACCAAUCCCCAGUUCAAAAUCCAUCCGGACGAGGUGGAUGACGGCCAGGGGGGGCUCGGCGAGCCCCGCUGCACGGUGCUGCUGGGUCUGCUGCAGAAGAAUCGCAGGCGACGGGAGAGGACAGGACAGGGCCUGCUCAGCACCGGCCUCAGUGUCUACAAGGUACUUCCGGAGCUGGGCCGUCCUUCAUUCCACACUGGGGGGGUCUUGCUUGGGAUGUUUUGGCCAGUAAUCGGGGUGCGUCUUUCCUAUCACUUGGAUAUUUCUCAUCAAGCACUCUUCUUCGUGCAGAGCCCCGGACCGGACUCCUUUUCUGCAGGGAUGAAAAUCGAGAAGGCGUUUACGAAUGUCCCCAAAGACGUAAGCAAGCACCUGCAGAGGCGUCUUCCUCCCACACCAUCCCAAGAGCUGCUGGCCCUGGCAGGUGGCAAAGACCAGCGUGCAGCCGAGCUUGAGAACCACGGCUCCGUCUGGGGGCCCUCGGGGUCACACGGAGGUGCGUUUUUCCACUGCAUCGCACCCCCACUUUCCUGGGGCCGUGAGCCGGGCCGGCUUCUCAGGCCCCAGCCUGUGCCUCGGUCCAAGGCCGCAGACCCCGGCCAGGUCCGCCUGCCUGCUGGCUCCCAGACACGGCAGAGCCCAGCCGACGCGCCCCCGGUCCGGGACUUCUUCCUGGGCCGCCAGCCCACGGCCAUCUCCGACUGCAGCUGCCCCCGGGGGAACCUGCUGGUGCGGCCCUUCCAGGACUGCGACUUCUGCCUGAAGGUGUUCUCGCAGGGCAAGGCCACAUCCCUGUGCGCAUCCUGUCCCUCUGUGAUGCCGGAAACAGACGUAAAAUUCGGGGGAUUCGACAUCAACACUUGCAGGGAGAUGAUCAGCUUGAUGGACGGACCCCAGAGCCAUGGAAAGGGCACCCUGGGGCUGGCAGAAUUCAGGGUGAUUUGGCUGAAGAUUCAGAGGUACCUGUUGGUUUAUGGGGAAACCGAUCACAUCCACUCGGGGGCCAUCGACGCCCACGACCUGAGGGUGGCCCUCAGGAAAGCAGGUGAGGACGUGCAGUGUAGACGAGCCUCGGGGACAGGCGUCUCACUGUAAAUACUCCUACUGGGCUGGCGAUCAUGGCGGUGACUCUCCUCCGUGGGGCAUCCACGUGACGGUGGCUCGAGCGCCUCCCCCCCCCAGGGGUCUGUUCAGCGCGACAUCCAGGCUUCUCCCAGGGCCCUCGCGGCUGCUGGGAGGGUGCCGGGCAGAAGGCGCCCUUUCUUGCAGCAGUGGCCGCGAUGUGCAGCUGGACGGGUGCCAGGGCCACGGGCCUAGUUCAGUGCCAGGCUCGUCCUGAGGCGGGGCGGCUCCCAGGAUUGCCAUGGGGUGACAAUAAGACCUUGGAGGAGGCUGGCCGUGUCAACCAGAGCCCCACCCUGCCGUGACCCGGGCCCUCCCUGUGGGUUUCACGCUCAGCAGCCGGGGGGCAGCAGACCCUUGCCCUGUGGUACACCACGACAGAUGCUGCAUCGACUUCGAUGGCUUCUUUGCCUGUGUGACCGGCCCGGAGGCCCUCUUUGGUGAGUCCCUGUCCCUCAGUCCCUCCCAGUUCGCUGCAGGUGCGGGGGGCCGGGGCAAGUUGGUCGGUGGAGCCAGGAGGACCUCCUGGGGGAGGCGGGGCACACUCAGGCCACGUCCAAGGUCAGAGACUGCCUUUCUUGGAGACUCCAAACGCUGCUGCCGCAUCAAUAGUUUGCCCGCUCGUGGUUCAGGUUGUUGACUGCUAAGUGCAAUCACUGGGCCAGGCUGAUGGCGUCCCCGUAGUGGUGAAAUGGCUUUCACUGUCUGUUGUCACCUGUGCCUCCCUGGGGAUCAUGUCAGUGGGGCUGGAGACCCCUUGGAUGGGCAGUGAGUGGGCUCCCUCCCCAUCGGGCUGU